UUUCACAGUCUCUCUCUGUCUCCAAAGAACGCAGUGAGAGGUUUCUUGAUCUGUGAAAGUUUCCAAAAAUGCCAAGUCUUCCUGGCGGUUGUACGACCGAAGCUCAAUUCUCCAAUUACGUUCAUGAAAGGGUCAGGGAGUGCAUCAUGAGGUACAUGAGCAAGGAAGAGACUGCGAGACAUCUACGUGAUCGAUAUCAGAUCGUAUACCGAUGCACAGAGAGAGCUUGGUGCAAUAUUGAAAGAUUGAAUCAAGAUUUCUUCAGAACCUACUUUGAGAACGGUGCACCAAAUGCAACAGCUCUUGCUAAAAUAGCAAAAAAAACCGCUCUUGCUCAAAUCAAAGAAGGAACUGGAUCUUGUAAAACUCCAAAUUCGCCACCAAAGGGAGAUUCAAAUAAGGCACCGAGUUUUUUCUCUGAUACAAGUUCCAGAGAGGAAGAGCAACAACUGAUGGAGUUUGUUCGAAAUUUCUUAUCACAAGAGCCUGAAGAAGCUGCGUGUGCACAUGAUGGUAAUCCCAUAGUCUUCGUGGAGCAGAAUUCGAGUAAAGCAGGAGAACAGUCCCAAGCUCUAGAGAAGCCAAAGCUUGAUGAAACCUCUCAGCAGCAGCAGCAGCAGCAGCCGCCACAUUAUCCCACAGCCGAGUUUUGGCAGAAGCUUUCGGCUACUUUAGGUCAGAUUGAGAGUAAUACAAGCCACAUGGUUAAACUAAUGAGUGAUGGACAUGGAUUUGCAGCACAGUCUUCUGCUGUGGUAUCCUCCAAGAGACAGCGAGAUGAGCAGGAAGAAGAGAGAGGUGGCAAUGACGAAACAGAGAAGCUGCAGGAUCAGAACAUUCAGCUGCCACAACAAACGCAUGGACAAUCUCGAGGAAACAAGGCUGCGAAGAUACUUUAGAGGAUUUGACAGAGAGAUGCGGUUCUCACGUCAGCAAAUAGUUUCUUUUUUAUUACCAGAAAAAUACUGCAGAGACGCAUGUUGGUUUGAUGCUUAUUUCGCUUAUUGUCAUCCUACACACUACUAGCUAUGCGGUUUAACAAACAUAGUGGAAAUAUUUUUAUAGGCUCUCUCUCAAGGCUUUUGCAUUGUUGGUCCAUGACCCGAAAAUAUGA